AUGAGGACCUCGGCGAUAAUCGCAGCCAGGACUUUGAUCAAGGGAAAAGAAGUGAGCGAUUUGUUUGUGAAUAAUAUUCAUUGGAUCACGGGUCGAGGUGAGUUUGCGCAAUCAUAAACUUAUACGGGAAUUCAGAUCAGAUAAUCAAGCAUUUUUCCCAAUUUGGUGAGGUUUCUGGAUGUGUUGUCCCAUUGGUAAGACUCUUUCUUCAUUAAUAAUUUAUUUGGUAUAGAACCCGACUACUGGAAUGAAUCGAGGUUACGGAUUCUUGAGUUUCGUUGAUAAAGGAGUCGCCCAAGAAAUUCUCAACUCGAAUAAGAAACACCGAAUAGAUGGAAGGGAUGUGGAAAUCAAAAAAAGAGAAUAA